AUGUCCGGCCCCGCCCCCAUCCUCCCCACCAUCUCGCUCGGGAUCAACUACGCAGACGAGCGCGAAAAGAUUACCGAUUUCCUCCUCUUCUUCAAGGCGCCCGCAUCUCGCUUGGCUUCACUUUCGUCUUCACAAGCCGGUGGAGCGCCCAUCAGCUUGGAAGAUGCGGGUGACAACGAUGACGACCAUCUCGACCUCGAUCGAGAGCUGAGCGGUGCCAUCGACCGCAUGGAUGUCGACCGAGCAGCGGCACAACGACGGAGCCGCAGCCAGGCCGAAGCAUCCGCCUCCGCCUCCGGAUCGCGACAGGUGCCGUUCUACAUGCAUCAGCUGCAAAAUAUCGCCAACCGCGAGCAGGACUCACUGAUCAUUGAUCUCAACGACGUUGCGUCUCAUUUCAACACCACCACCAACGAGUCGGGCAAAACGCUCGUCGGAGCAAUCCGCAACAACGCCAAGCGGUAUCUCGACCUGUUCAGCGAGUGCGUAGACAAGCUCGUCCCCGAGCCGUCCAAGGACAUCUCGCACAAGGACGACGUGCUCGAUGUCAUCCGACACCAGCGCAUGGAGCGCAACGCACGCACAGUCGAGAACGCCGAAGACCCCAACAACGCCGGCGUGGCACCGGAAGAUGCGAGCGACAAUGUCUUCCCGCCCGUGCUGCUGCGCAGGUACACGCUCUACUUUAAACCCUACACGGGGCGUAUGCAUCCAUCCGAAGCGCCAGAGGAGCCACUUGCGGUGCGCGCGGUGCGCGGUUCGCACCUGGGCAAGCUCAUCACGGUCCGAGGUAUCGUGACGCGCGUGUCAGAGGUGAAGCCGUUCCUGCUCGUCGAUGCGUACGCGUGCGAUGUGUGCGGUGCCGAGGUGUUCCAAGAAGUCACCUCGCGACAGUACAUGCCAUUGACACAGUGCAACUCGCGACGAUGUAUGACCAACAACACGCGAGGGCCGCUGUACCCGCAGGUGCGGGCGAGCAAGUUUGUGCCCUUCCAGGAAGUCAAGAUCCAGGAAAUGGCCGACCAGGUCCCUGUGGGACACAUCCCGCGCACCAUGACGAUCCACGUCUACGGGCCCUUGACACGCGCGAUGAACCCGGGUGACGUCGUGCACGUCGGUGGCAUCUUCCUCCCCAUGCCCUAUUCCGGCUUCAAGGCCAUCCGAGCCGGCCUGCUGACAGACACCUACCUGGAUGCCCAGUCGAUUCAUCAGCUCAAAAAACAGUAUACCGCCAUGCAGCGCACCCCGGAAAUCGCCGCACAGAUCGCCGAGCUCAAAGACGACCCGGCACUGUACCAGAAGCUCGCGUCGUCGAUCGCGCCCGAGAUCUAUGGCCACGAAGACGUGAAAAAGUGCCUGCUGCUGCUGCUCGUCGGCGGUGUUGGCAAAACCGUCGGAGACGGCAUGAAGAUCCGCGGCGACAUCAACGUCUGCCUGAUGGGUGAUCCGGGUGUGGCCAAAUCGCAGCUGCUCAAGUACAUCUCCAAAGUCGCGCCCCGGGGCGUAUACACCACGGGUCGCGGUAGUUCGGGCGUCGGUCUGACCGCGGCCGUGAUGCGUGACCCGGUGACUGACGAGAUGGUUCUCGAAGGCGGCGCGCUGGUUCUGGCGGACAACGGCAUUGCGUGCAUCGACGAGUUUGACAAGAUGGAGGAGUCGGACCGCACGGCGAUCCACGAGGUGAUGGAGCAGCAGACCAUUUCGAUCUCCAAGGCCGGGAUCACGACGACGCUCAAUGCGCGCACGUCGAUCCUGGCGGCGGCAAACCCGCUGUACGGGCGGUACAACCCGCGUGUGAGCCCCGUGGACAACAUCAACCUCCCCGCGGCACUCUUGUCGCGAUUCGACAUUCUCUACCUCAUCCUGGACACGCCGACGCGCGACGACGACGAGCGGCUGGCGCAGCACGUGACGUACGUGCACAUGCACAACGCGCAUCCGGAGCUCGAGUUUGACGUGAUCAGCCCAACGCUCAUGCGCCACUACAUUGCAUUGGCGCGCCAGAAGCGGCCCGUGCUCUCGAAGGCGGUGAGCGACUAUGUCGUGGGCGCCUACGUGCAGAUGCGCAGCCAGUACAAGGAGGAUGAAAUCUCGCAUGCCUCGGACAGUGGUGCCGGGUCGAGUGGAACCGGCUAUGUCAGCGCACGAACGCUGCUCGGCAUCAUCCGCCUUUCGCAAGCGCUCGCACGCCUGCGCUUUGACGACAGCGUCUCGGUCCCAGACGUCGACGAGGCCCUGCGUCUGCUCGAAGUGUCGAAAUCGUCCAUCCUCAACCACCCCUCGCUGGCGUCUUCGGGGCGUGAUGCGCUCGGUCAGGACCAGACGUACAUCUCCAAGAUCUACCGCAUCAUCCGCGAGUUCUACAACCACCACGCCUCCGCCCGCGCCGCCGAUGACCAUGACGACGACGACGAGGACAUGGGCCUCGACCACGGCCUGCCCAUCCCGCAGCUGCGCGAACGCAUCAUCGCUGCCGGCUUCCUCGAGGACCAGUUCCAGGAGUGCCUCCAGGAGUACCAGGACCUCGGCGUCCUCCAGGUCUCGGCAAAUCGCUUGGUCUUCCUCUGA